AUGUGUGAUUUGUUGAUCAAGUACUCCUUUAAGUAUAAUUCCGCUCCACCAGGACUUGUUCUCCAAAUAAAAAUUUCAUUACCCUCGUAAUUAUAAGAAUGGACAAUAAUAGAGGACGUAAACAAGACAUUUUGUGAUUGAUUAUAGUGUAAGGAAUAUCUCAAAGUGAACUUGAUGCAGUGAUAAUCAACCAAAUAAUUCAGAAAUUAAUGCUGGACAAUUAAGUGGAGCAAUUGCACAUCCACUUGUUGCAAUUUACAAGCUUUGCUGCAUCCCUCAUCUGCACUCCAAUUGACGCUGAACAUCUGUUAAUGAAAAUUCGGGACAUUGAAUUUGGUUUUUCAUUCUGUGAAAAUAUUGGUUACUAAUACGUAGGAUUUCCGCUUUAUUCUCUACAUGGAGAUGUUAUUUAUCUAUUGUUUCCUGAGUAUUAUCUCAAAGGAGAGCAUUGAAUUUCUAUUGACUAUUCUCUCAUGGAAACACUGCACAGGGAAUGGAUAUUUUUAAUUCUUUAAAUUUUCAAAAAAUUUGUCAUUGAAAAGGACAGAAUUAGGGUGAUAGAAAGUGUAUCAUAUUAUAUGUAUAGAGAUGUGAAGAGCAAAUGGUGAAUAUGCUGUGAUAGAAUUGUCAGUAAUUGAGAAGAAAUAAUUGGUGAAAAGGAGGCCUGGAAAGCACAACGCUAGCACACUAGUAUACAGCGUCAAAUGAUGCUAGUAGUUCUUUUAUGCGUCAUCAUGAAGAUAGCAGAGUUAUCAGUCGGACCUCUUAAUCCCUCUUUCUCUAGAGAACGAUUACCCUGUUCCGACAAGCCAAAACGCCGAUAUCGCAUCAAUGGGCGUAAUGCCAAUGUCAAAUUUCGAUACAACGGACGAAAAAGCAGCGACAGAAGAAUAAUAAUGAUGGAAGAUCCACAGACACCAGGCUCUGAUUGCAAUUCAAAUCCAGCAGAUCCAAUUUCCCAGGAUCUCAUUGGGUCCGAAUUUAUCCAAGACAAUUCUGAUUAUCAGUGGUUCAUCGAUUAUGGGUAUAGAGAUGGCGGUUUGCACGUGCAUCCAAGUGUUCUGUCUUCUCUCUCUAUGUCGUACACUCAGGAUGAUCUGGGAUACUACGAUGAUUUGGCACGAAAUUUGGAUGCAAAUCUUGCGGAAGUUGACAUGGAGAGCUUUCGCACUGCAGACAUACACACUCUUCUCACUGCUCUGCCAGUUAUGUGCACUGAUCCCGUCCAACAGUCAGAGUUCAAUUAUCAGAGGGAACGUUAUGCCAGCAUUUCUGGCUCUGUUAUGGAAAAAAUUGACAUUGGAUCAUCAAUCAGCCCUCACUCGAGUAGCCAGGGAGAAGAUUCGGCAUGCUCAACGACCGAUACAAUCUCUAUAUGCAAAUCAUCAUUAUUAUUCUCUCCUGUGAAGGAGACACCUGUAUUGCCUCCUGGGGGGAGUUACAGUGUCGACUCAUUAGAUUGUGAAGAUAUGCUACUGACGUGUCAAACACACAACAAAAAUAAUUACACAAUAGCUUUUGAGGGUAGUAUGACCAUGUAUUCAGAUGCAUCUCAAGAUUUUGAGAGUCAGGAGAAAAGUAAAAAGACGUGUGAAUCGCGUGAAGCCUUCUACAACAGAAAUGUUGAUUUAAAGAGUAUGAUGGAUUUGUCAAUGGUGUGCUCAGAUUCAAAAAUCUACACCACUUGGAGUAAUUUGAAGCAUUCGUCAGCCCAUAAAGUUAUGAUACGUCACGGUUCUGGUAAUAAUAAUACGAUAGCAAAUUUGUCACUUGCUACAACAGCCAUAAGUACCCCAGGAAGGUGUGCAACAACCGCACCAAGAAUCGACGGGGAUCUGUUGAUUACUGAAAAACGAAGUCACAGCUUACCAGAUCUGAGGAAAGCACGCGAGCAUGUGGAGCACGUUAGCCUCUUACCACUGAACUUUUCCAUAGAUUCCGCUGAGUCUCAUCACCAAAAUCUUCAGAGUUCCAGUUCAGGAUUAAUGAGUAGAUCGAUAAACGAGAGCUCAACUAACAGUAACACAUCCGGCAAAAAAAUUCAAAAUAUGAGUCUUGUUAAAUUAUUUAUGAAGCAAAAAAGUAUGAGUGCCGAGGGCAUGAGCUUGACCCUCGAUCAGUCUGAUUCGGCAAGUGACAAUGACUGGCCUACAAGUAAUAAUAAUUGUCACAGCCAAAGUAGUAGUGGCGACACCGGCACCAACAAUACAAACACGCAAAUUCACCGGAAAAACAUUAAUGACAAUAAGACUAAUAUCCUAGAAAAUGAUUUUGCAAUAAAUUGGUUAAAAACCGAGUGCUGUAAUACGAGUAUUGGAGGGUCGAGUCAUGAUGCAAGCUCUUCGAAUAACACAUCGAAACGUAUACCAUCAAUAAAAGAAUUUAAGGAGGAAUCUCCUUCGGUCGAAGAAUUGUCUGAGAGUUUAUUAAAAUCUGAAAUAGAUGUUGACAACAUUCAUUUGAACAUUGACGAGAGACAAGCCCCUACAUUAUUAAGAAAAACUACUGGUAUACAGACGAUAAAUGAGGUAGAAGAGAAUGGAGUCCAGACCUCAUUACAUUACUACCAAAUCCCAUCGCCAAAGAAUAAUUUGCCAUGCUUAUGUGAGACUCUAGUCGAUAAAAAACCAGUUUACGUUGUUUAUCCAAAUUAUACACUACCCGAUCUGUCAUUUCUCAAAGCCAAAGAAUCUCAAUUAGACAACAUAAUUUCCCUGAAACCCCACGAGAGAAUUGGUUGGAAGAAGAAUGGAAAAAAUCUUCGGCCAUUUUCUUGCAAUGAUAUUGAGGCACUCAAAGCGCGAGGGUUUUCUCACAUCAAAGAUUGGGAGUCACUAACAUUUCUUCUCCCCUCAGAAUACCGAAAAAUUCUUCACGAUGUACCUGAGAUACCGAGGCACGUCAAACUCGGGGAGGAAACGAGAAAGCCCUUAUUCUGUUUAUCACCGCCAAUGCGUCAUCGCAUGAGAAUUAAUAACGAUAUCGCAACGACGAAUGUAUCUUCAAGUAGCAGUACUGCUACUCAACCUUCCUCUGGCUAUCGGGGAUCGUCGACAAUUCUCACUGAUUCUUCACUGAAUCCACAGGCCGUAGGGAGUACGAAUCCAUUAUAUUUAUACCGCUAUGAUAGCAUGAGCUCGGAAAAUAGCCUCAUCAAUCAGGACAGGAAAAAUCCAUUCCAUCAGCCAGUUCUUGGUAAACGUUCAGUUUCCCUGCCACAGGGUGAUGAUAAAGAGCUCAAUUAUAAUGGGAAAGUACCACCGAGGCCUCCUUUGCCACGAAGUAUUUUGAGAAAAACAAAUUCUAAUUCUAAUAAACGCUACAGUAUGUUCGAAAUCGGUGGAAUUGAAGAAAUUGAAAACAGACAAUCCUCCACUGAGCCCAAUAAGAGAAUGUCACUGCAGGAGCCCUAUUACAUUAAUAAUGAUCAUCAAUUGCUGCGGCAUGGCAGAAUUGUAGACUCUGAUAAGGAUGUUGAUGAAGUUGAGGAGAGAAGAUACGCCGAAAGAAUUAAAGAAGCUGCGGCUGUCGCUGCUGCUUCUGCUUCUGCUUCUGCUACUACUAUUAUUACUACUCCUACCCAUGCUAGUGGUAAAACUACGACAAUUACUGAUGCUGCUACUGCUGCUAAUAUAAUUACUUCAGAAACUGGAUUGGCACAUAUGGACGAGUGCAAACGGCAGGAAGAUAUGAAACAGUUAGAGGAAUUUCUCAGACGAAGUGGAUUUUCAUCAAACAGUAGUGACGAAAGUAGUGAAGAUUCUGAUAUUAAAUUGAGAUCGUAUGUAAGAAAGUUUCUUUCAUUGAAGAUGAAUAAGGAUAUUGCCAAGGGUGUAGAGAUGCUUGAGUCCCAGAAGAAGACGGUGAGCUUUGCUAUUCAGCAGCGUAAAUCGUAUUUAGAUGUGAAAGAAGAGGAUGCCAUUAAUGAACUUGGCAAUACCAAAGAGAGUACUCGUGCAUUGCUAAUUGACUCUCCAGAUGGCCUAGCUAUCGACCUGAAUGAUCAAGUUAAGUUUAUAAAUUGCGUCAAUAGAUCAGUAGAUUUGUUGAUUAGAUAUUGGCAGUCUGAUCCGAAAGAUGAUUAUGAGAAAAAUAAUGAAUGUGCCCAGCUCUGCCUCAGUAAUCUCUGCCCAACACUCUAUGCUAUGAUGACUGAUGGAUUGAAACCACACUUGUAUUCGGCAUUUGGGCCGAUUAGUAAUAGUGUAUGGCAAGUUGUUGAGGCUUCAUCACAACAGGGGCCAUUGACAAACACCCUCAAUGAUCUUGUUCAAAAAAUUAACAGCGAGGAUUUCAUGACAGAGGGUAUGCUUAAAUUCCAUGCUUUCAUAUUUGGUUUGUUGAAUUUACAUGCCUUAGACGCAUGGUUCGCCUACUUGUGUACAAGGGAAUCCAUUCUUCGAAAGCACUACAAUACCAAUAGUUUAUUUGUAGCCGCUCUGGGAUGUGCUGAUUCUCGUGAAAUUAUCGAUAAUUUUCUCAGCCUUUUGCAACCAUUGGCAUUCUGUCCGUUUGAGCUGGACCUUUUGUAUCAGUAUCGCCAGCUUCACAAUAGUUUUGGUAAUAUGACUGGAGUUUUGAGGACAAACGAUUCAUCUAAAGAGCAUCACUUUGAGAAAAAUUGUGAAUAUGUAAAUCACCGAUGUGUCAGUCCAAAUAAAGUUCGUCCUCGCUCGUGCGGAUCAUGUGAGGAUAAUGGAAAAAUUGAUUCAGAAAAUAUGAUGAAAAAACGUUGGAGUAAUAUUAUCAAGACCUCGAAAAUACCACUGGAUGACUCGGAGGAUUAUACUGACAGUCUUGAGCAUUCGCCCAUGUUGAAUCGAGGAAAUCGUAGCAGACAACAGAUAAGAACAACACCAACACCAGAUAUAAAAAUUCGUGAUAACGAUGAUAAUGGUGAUAAUGAUGAGACUGGUAAAGCAAUUCCCGGUGAAUUAAAAUUUCGAAAACUCCAAGAGAAAUGGGAAUUGAUGGUUGGUAAAGAGGAAGUUAAAGAAGUACCUUUACCACCACGUUCACUCUCACCAAAUCAAAUGCCCACCAGUGCUGGUAAAUCAAAAAUUCCACGGCUCCUCACAUCUCCCAUUAAACAACCCACCAAUGUAUUGCCAGCUUUAAAUUGCAAAACUAAAUCCCCCGUAAGUGGAAUACCGAUGUUUAAAAAAUCAAUACCCACAAGUAAAUACCUGCCCAACAAGAAACAUCCAGAUGUAAAAGCCAAGGAACUAUCACGAAGAACGAGCCGAGUCGAUCAGGAGCAUCAUGUGCCUCUAACGGGGAGACCGUAUUUAACAAGACCAAGUUCAUUACCUUAUAAAUCUCAUGGUAUAGCUGCCAAAGAGAAAAAUUUGAUUUCACCCCAGAGACGAGCUGCAUCUACCUCCUUACCGAGAGCAAACACACCAAUAACCCUCAAGACCAAUACCCCAAUGAAGAAACCUCUCAAGGAGGUUCGAACAUUGUCACACCGACUGCCGUCUGAUAAUGGCCAUUUGUCGUUCAACGAAGGUGACAGGUUAAAAGUUAUACUGGAGGUCGACAAUAAAUGGCUACUCUGUGCUAAAGGCGAUCGCAAGGGCCUUGUACCACGUUCGUGCGUUCAACCCUAUCAAACUUAACAUAUGGUUACUCCUUUGGCGCAUUAAUUCUCUUCACUGAAUAAAACAGAGAGAAACUAACAAUUUAUGUACAGUGUAUAAAGGACAAAAAUAUUUUAAAAUCAUUUCGUAAUAUAACGGCAAAUUCAGCUUAGUGGUAUGAAAGUCCUUAUUCAUUUUAAUCAAAUUUGCCACUUCAUUUUAUAAUGCUUGAUAAUUUUUUUUACUUCACUGUUGCUAGUAUCUGCAGCAUCCCUCUGGAAAAAGUUGGGAUAAUCCCUAGUCAUUCUAUCCGAAGGAAAAUAAUAUACGGCGAUAUCUAAUUAUUCAUAACGACGGGAGAAAGAGAAAGGAAGAAUAUUAUUCUGAGGAAUUGAUAGUACGAUUCCAUGGCCCUUUGUCUAUAUUUUCUACAAGUUGAUCUCUCAGAAGAGUCAAAUGAAAAACACGUCAUGAAAAAAAAAACAUAUAAUUUAUGUGUAUUAUAUUAUCAUAACUUUAACUGUGAUCAUAGUAGAUAGACUCAUUAAGUUCCGAAACAAUGGACAAUUUCUUGGUUUAUAGCUUUGUUAAUUGUCUUGAAUGUUUAUCCUUAAUAUUCUACAUGAAUGUAUAGUAUGUUGGCAUUUUUUUUUAAUCAUUUUUAUCGUCUGGUGUAUAAAUUAUUACAAUUAAUCAAAAAGUCUUUAAGCUAGGCUUUACUUUGUUUUUGUUCUUUAUUACUAUAUGAUUUUGCGUAAUCUGGUAUAUCCUCGAGGCCCUUGAAGGCCAAAAAUAAAGUAAAUUAUUAUAAUGA